AUACAUAUGAAUAUUCAUUAUACAAUCCAUCCUACUGUAUUCACUAUUCACCCUUUGACUAUUCAUCCUAAUAUGUAAUUUUGCAGUUUAGCCAUUCAUCCUCCAGCUAUUCAUCCAUUUUUAUUGAAUAAUGAGAGGAUAUAUAUCAUUCACUGUAUUAUAACUUAAAUUAAACACAUAAACACAACUUGUACUCAAGAGAAUAAUGUAAACACAUAAACACAACUUGUACUCAAGAGAAUAAUGUAAACAAAUAUCAUGGCGGCAUUGGUUGCAAAACAAAUUAGACAGAAAGAUUAUCAAAAGAAAGAAGAAGAGAACGCCGGAAGCACAACUAACCCUGAAACCAUCCUUCAACUGAACCAAGCUCCCAUUCAGUCGGUUCAGGGUGUAUCCGGAGCAACUCCUCAAGACCCCCCACCAGAGCAGGUUAAACAGGGUAUCCUACUCUACACUGGACUAGGCAUGAUUUCAAUAGGUCUGAUAAUAACUUGUGUUGGUAUAGGGGAUAAAGGAUUCUCCACCAUACAGUUAAAACUGAUGGGACCUGCACUUGUGGGUUCAGGACUUACUCUAGCCCUGAUUCGUAUUCUUCUGUGUACCUAUCCUUCUCUCUGCUAUCCCUGUAAACUAAAUAAUGUUAUUUCGGAGAAAAUUACAGUAAAUAAUAAACAAGGUAAGAAACCUUAA